AUGGAUCUCGACGAGUGGGUGACAAGCUCCAACGAGUGCUUCGACAUCAGCCUGUACCGACCAGGCCCUACCGGCGACGAGCGCAUCCGCGAGCCCUUCAAUCCGAGCUUUACACACUCCGUAAUCGACGAGAACGAGUCGAUUGUUGGCUACAAGAACCCCAAAAUCGAACUCGACUUCCGUACCAACGACCUCAAGCCAAAGCUCAAGAUCUCAUUCGACGCGCAGCUCGACCUAACGAAGCUCUCACCCGACUUGGACCAGGCUCAAGUGGACCUCUCACCUGACCUCUUCAAGAACUACCUCCCGGAGGAGAGCAAGGAGAGCAAAGAAGAACGCGAACAUGCAACAAGACGAGAUUGGAAGCCUCCAGGCCAGCUCAUGCAGAGCUUCGCCGUACACGGCAGGCAGUACGAGAUCUGGAAGUCGCCCAUGCUGGAUCCUGCUGCAAGGCAGAUAUGGAAGAACCUGAGGAUCCUGGUGUUACUGUUCAUCGAUGGUGCUACCAUAGAAGGGUUAGACGACGAGGAGACGCUGGACCGUUGGUCGCUAUACUUCCUCUAUGAAGUGGACUCCCAAAGCAUCCCCACCAGUCCAUAUAUUCUCGCUGGCUUCGCCACAUCCUACAGGACAUGGAUCUUCCCCACUUUCAAGAUCGCGCGCUACACAAAGAUGCUUCCAAGCCCGCCUCCAGAAGGCUUGCAUGGAGCUGUCGACAAGUACACACCUCCGCGCCUGACGCAAGACUCGAAGACAUUUCAAUUCAACCAAAAACUCGAUCGACUUGAGACAUCCUCGCGAGAGAGGAUAUCGCAAUUCCUGAUCCUCCCUCCCCACCAAAACCAGUCCCUUGGAUCGCGGCUGUACAACUUCAUCUUUGACGACCUCGUUAAGAAGCCCUUCAUCUACGAGAUCCCAGUAGAAGAUCCCAGCGAAGACUUCGACGCUAUGCGAGACUACUGUGACAUCGUCUACCUGCGUGCGCUGCCUGCUUUCAAGUCUCUGUCAGUAGUGUCUAGCUUACCAGCAGAGUCACUUCGCAAAGACUCCCCCAUCCCUCGUGACCAGAUCCUUGGCAACGGCGUCGACCUCGAGGAGCUUCGACACUCAGCUAAAAUAGUCACAAGGCAGUUCUACAGGAUGGUUGAACUGCACGCCCUCUCCACAAUCCCACCAAAUCACCGCAACCGAGCACGCAUCACCCGCAAAGCGAAGAGUAGCAACGAAAACGACCGCAAAUAUUACUUCUGGCGUCUAGCGCUAAAGCAUCGCAUCUACAUGCAGAACGCAGACGCGCUGGACCAGAUGGAGGUGACAGAAAAAGUAGACAAGCUAGAAGCAGCCGUCGACAAUCAGCAAGAAGAGUUUGAAGAGAGGCUUGAGGGCAUCGAAAAGAGGGCGAGGUGGGACAAGGGCGAAGAGUCGAGUAGUGGUGCCAGGAGCAAGCGGAAGCGCGUCGUCGUCGAGGACGAGGAUGAUGACGAUUGUAAGGAUACGGAUACUGCGUCCGCGGCAAGCAAGAAACCAAAGGCUUGA